CACAUCACUAUGGAGUGGAUUUGGAUGGCCGUGGCCACAUGUGUGCUCGCGUCCCACUCUGUCAAAGGCAGUGAGUGGUGGCGGGAGUACGAGGAGGGUAUCAGACAUUAUACCAAGGAGGCUCUGAACAAGGAGUUUCCAGAGAAAACCAGGCCGGUGAGCUUUAAACAUCCCGCGUUCCAGUGUCCGGACAUGAACCCGUCUCCCUCCAUCCCCACGUCAGUUGAAUUUGUGAAAGCAGCAGACAUCAAAGUCAUCGCUGCUUUGGGUGAUUCUCUGACAACAGCCAUUGGCGCUAACGCUACCACAGUGCUCGGGAUUCCUAUUGAGUUCCGUCACGUGUCGUGGAGCAUCGGAGGUUAUGGAUCCUUUCAAGAUGUCAUUACUUUGGGAAAUAUCAUCAAACUGUUCAAUCCCAGUCUGGUUGGUGCUGCUCCUGGAAAAACUGUUCACGGGAUGCAGGCUCACAUUCGUGAAACAGGCUUCAACCUGGCGGUGACAGGACACAACACUUUCAAUCUCCCGAGCCAGACGAGACAUUUGAUUGACACGCUAAGAGGUCAUGAGAGUGUGAAGUUUGAAGAGGACUGGAAGCUUUUGACUAUUCUCAUGGGCAUGAACGACAUCUGUGACUACUGCAAAGACAAGGCUCUUUUCUCAGUGGAUAACUUCAUUCACUAUGUCACCAUUUCCUUGGAAAUGCUGAUGAAUGAGGUUCCCCGUUUGAUCAUUAAUGUGGUCCAGAUCCUGCCCAUGCAGACUCUGAGGGAGGUGCAGAAGCCAACCCCUGGUUGUCUCCUCCAGCGGUCUUUCUGCUCCUGCCUCAUAGAGCCGGUCCCCAGGUCUCCUGAACUACGGGAGCUUGUAGGAGUCAAUCUGGAGUUCCAGAGAAGACUCGAGGAGCUGCUGCACAGCGGCCGUUUCUUCAAAGACGACUUUGCCGUCAUCCUGCAGCCCUUUCUGAAACACGCCGACCCGCCGCGCCUCCCGAACGGGAAGCUCGACAUGACCUUCUUCACUCACGACUGCUUCCACUUCACCAUAAAGGGACACGAGGAGCUGGCCAAAGGACUGUGGAACAACAUGUUCCAACCUGAGGGAGGGAAGAUGAUUGUAAGCAGCUUCUCUGAUCCCAUAAGUCUCAUCUGUCCUCCUCUGGAUCACCCGUACAUCUUCACCCGCCCCAUAGCAGCCGGAUCCGGCACGGCUCCUCUCCCGUCUGGUGCUCCCUCGCAGGCAGCUGUCACCCUGCUCCUCCUGCUCCCUCUGGGAUUUGGAGAAUUUAUGGAUUUUUAACUUAUAAAAAAUGAUAACUCCACUUGGGAUCAUGCAUUUAAUUGGCAAAAUAAGAUCAUUUUACAAUAUGAAAGAAGAUUUAUAAUUCAGGUUGCAAUAUUUUCAAAUAUAUCUGCUUCUAAAAUAAGAUGACUUUGUAUGAUAUAGUAACUACAGUGUUAAUUCUUGGAGUGAGAGAUGGAGGGGUGGUUUCUGCAAUUGCAUCUAUCCACACUAGAUGGCGACAGUAGCUUUAGAAGAUCACCCAGAAAAUGAAACAGAACUGUUUACUCUGGUGUCAUCGUGAUGACUAGAGGAAACAGGUCACCUGUGCAGCUGUGACCUGGAAGUUCUGACCUUUGUUUCAAGACUUGAUUGAAUUUA